GUGAAGUAUCAUUCUACUUUAGAAAGAAACCUGUAAACAUGACUGGAAGAGGUAAAGGAGGAAAAGGUCUAGGAAAAGGAGGCGCCAAGCGUCAUCGUAAGAUCCUUCGGGAUAACAUCCAGGGAAUUACCAAGCCCGCCAUCCGUCGUCUUGCUCGUCGUGGUGGAGUCAAGCGUAUUUCUGGCUUGAUCUACGAAGAGACCCGAGGCGUCCUUAAAGUUUUCCUUGAGAACGUGAUCCGUGAUGCUGUCACCUACACCGAGCACGCCAAGAGAAAGACCGUCACUGCCAUGGAUGUCGUCUACGCUUUGAAACGCCAAGGACGUACUCUCAAAAUGCCGCCAAAACCCGCUGGAGGAAAGAAAGGUGAAAAGAAAGCCGGYAARAAGGCCGCGCUUGGUGACAAGAAGAAGAGGUCACGAAGAAGAAAGGAAACCUACUCCAUCUACAUCUACAAAGUCAUGAAACAAGUCCAUCCCGACACUGGUAUCUCAAGCAAAGCCAUGUCCAUCAUGAACUCCUUUGUUCAGGAUGUCUUCGAGCGCAUCGCUGGUGAAGCUUCCCGCCUCGCUCACUACAACAAGAAGUCAACSAUCACAUCUCGUGAGAUCCAGACCGCUGUUCGUCUUCUUCUUCCCGGUGAAUUAGCCAAGCACGCCGUCAGUGAAGGCACCAAGGCYGUCACCAAGUACACCAGCAGCAAGUAAACAGUUUWCUGUUUGCUUACAAAACAACGGCUCUUUUAGGAGCCACCACAUGAAUCGAAAGAUCAUGACCAAAUGUUUUCUCAAAUCAUGUUUUUAUUACGGUAACAAAGUACAUAAUUUCGGUUAAUUACAACACUAUGGCGAAGUAAGCAGCUUCAUUUUUGCGCCAAAACAUUGUCCUAUGUACUUAAUAACGGCUUUCUAUUUUGUUAUUCGCAGUAUGUUAUUUCAUUAAACACACAUGCUUGGAACUUGACUACUGAACUUUACCCUUUUAUAUGAACUGUUGAUGCAUAUUAUUUCCAUGUGCUUG